AUGAAUCACUCCAAAUGUCUCCCCAACGCUAGGGCGAUCCUCGUCAUUCGCAAUAGACUCACUUCCUCUGGCAAUAACGUCAAUACUAGAUUCUCCACCACCAGCUCGAAACCGAACGGGACAAGAUCCGAGACGAAAUCCAACUACACUCCAAGACCACGCAGACAACCUUCCACGACAACGAAUAAUCGGUUCAUUAGUGGCAAGAAAUCACAAUGGCAAUCCUUCUCUCCUCGCGAAGCACAAAAUAGCACCACCAAGCACAAGCUAGUGCUCUCUGGUCUUCCCACGACGUUGCUGCCGGCCGAUUUUAAUCGCCUUGCUGCUGAUAAACUUGCCGGUUGGAACGAAAUCAUCAGUCAUGUUCACCAGGAACGUGACCCCUGGACCAUGGAGCCUCUCGGCGUAUAUCACAUUACAUUCUCCUCAUCUGCGGCCGCCAGUCUGUAUAAAGACAAGAUCGAGAGACUCCUUCGUCUCGCCCAAACCAAGUUCCAGAGCAAAAAUGGCCUCUGGACGAGCAAGGUCCCCAGUGUACUACUAGACCCUGGGAAAGACCCUGAGAAGGAGCUGGAGCGCUUCACUAUCCUUCCAGGCUCUUACCAGGCUCGUAUCAAAACGAAACAGAGUCGUGUUCAGGGCAAAAUGGCUUGGCAGCAUGUCGUCGACCAGAUCAUAAAGAGUUCACACAUUAAGACUCUUCGCCCUAGUGCAGUAUUGAUCGAGCUACCAGAAAAGAGUUUCACGGUUUCAGAGCUCAGGGUCAUAAUUAACCAAGACGGGACUGAAAGUGGUUAUGACUGGGCGACUGAAACUCAUAUAUCCGAUCUUUCCAAGGUUAUGGAUCUAGGCGAGAAGAUCUCCCAAAGCACAUCGCGGGCACGUAGGAACGACGCCGAGUCCCGCCAGCGAAACAAUUCACGUUUCAUCAUGGUGUGCGAAACUCCAGAGAUAGCAUGGCGGUUCAUUCGGAGCUGGAACCAGCGCAUUCUCGAGUACGACCAGGGCGAAGGCGUCGUCUUGCGUAAUCGUGUAAAAGCAUCAUACAUUGACAUUUAG